CUUAUGAUAUAUGAUACUGAUGAUGAACUUGAAUCCUGUAAGAGUUGCCAUCAUCGGCUGUUUGUUGACCAUUUGCAAUAAUUUCAUAGCCCGAUCCACUUUGCUCCAAAAUCACAUGCAUGUAGUAACUUCCUAUUCACUAUGUAACUCUAUGGUCUUGUAUCAGGCAGGAUUCGGGGUGUAAUCUAUCUUGGUGGUUGGGUUAUAUUUUUAGUUCGUCCAAUGAGUCUUUGACAAGCCUUUGACUACCGUAUUUUUUUCUUGAGACAUUCUUUGUGGUUCGUGCAUUGUUGUUACCAUCGUUUUGUCUUUAUCUAUAUGAAGAUAGUUUGUGUUUAUGUUUGAAGAUGGAGUUACUCAUGUACAAAAUCAACCUUGGUUUUUGUUUGUGGUGACUUCUCUUUCAGAGUCAUCUCCUUUUUUGCUACUUGAUGCGGGAAACAAAUUGUCCGAGAUGUUGAAGCAAGGUUUCUGCGCCGAGUUUUUGGAUGAUAACAUUAAAGAUUUAAUAAAGUCAAUUACUGUGGAUAAUGCAUCAACCCACGUGCUUUUCCGUUUUCUAAACCAGAUACUUGAUGAAAGCAUUGACAAAAAGGAUGAGCAUGCUUAUCAUACACAUAUGGCAAGGAUGUUAAAACAAGUGGUGCAAGUUAUUGAACAAAGAGUGUAUGCUCAAGUUGAGAACUUGAAAGAUCAAAACAAUCUUUGUAGCGUUUGCUCUGGAAAGUACCAAUCUAGAUUAAAGGUAUUAGAGACCCUUGCUUCAUGGAGCACAGAAGAAAUUGAGGUUUUGUUUUCAUACUUGAAACAGAUAAAGAUGGAUAAAACUGGAAUAGAAGAGAAGGUGAGACUCAAAGAAAAGGAUCUGACUAAUUUGAAGGAAGAAAAAAGAUCUUUAGAGAACGAGAAUUCCGCACUGAAACGCGAACUGGAGACACUGAAGAGGAUACAUGAAGAGCAUUGCUUGCAGAUAGAAACCCAAGCUAAGGAAACAAAUCAAGCAUUGGAAAAGAAGACACACGAUCUUGAGUGCUAUUUAAUGGAGUCAAAGAAGAGGGCGAAACAACUCGAGUCUUUUUCGGAAUCUAAAUCAGAGGGAUGGAAAAAGAAGGAAGAGACCUUCCAGAUUUUCCUCAACAAUCACCAGAGAGCUUUACAGGAACUGCGAACAGCUUAUGCUUCCGUCAAACAAGAAGUGACGAUGACAAAGAAGAGAUAUGGAGAGGAGUUCUACGGCUUGGGAGUGGAGCUUGAAGGAGUAGUGCAUGCUGCUGACAAUUAUCAUUCUGUUCUUGUGGAAAAUCGAAAAUUAUACAAUGAAGUGCAAGACUUGAAAGGAAACAUUAGAGUUUAUUGUAGGGUACGCCCAUUUCUGCCUGGUCAAUGUAAGAAACUAACAACUGUAGAGCAUAUUGGUGAAAAUGGUGAACUACUUGUCUCAAAUCCUACAAAGCCAGGGAAAGAUAAAAAUAGGAUAUUCAAAUUUAAUAAGGUUUUUGGCCAAGCUGCAAGUCAAGAGGAAGUGUUCUUGGAUACUCGACCAUUAAUUAGAACAGUUCUUGAUGGAUUCAAUGUUUGUAUUUUCGCUUAUGGUCAAACUGGAUCAGGAAAGACCUAUACAAUGAGCGGUCCUAGUAUAUCAUCCAAGGAAGAUUGGGGAGUCAAUUAUCGAGCAUUACAUGAUCUUUUUCACAUUGCUCAAAGCCGAAAAGGCUCAAUGACAUAUGAGAUAGGUGUUCAAAUGGUGGAGAUAUACAAUGAACAAGUUCGCGACCUUCUCACGUGCCAUGGUUCUCAGAAAAGACUUGGGAUUUGGAGCACAACCCAACCAAAUGGGUUGGCUGUCCCUGAUGCCAGCAUGCAUCAAGUAACCUCAACUGAAGAUGUCUUGGAAUUGAUGAAUAUUGGGUUAAUGAACCGUGCUGUUAGUGCCACUGCUUUGAAUGAAAGAAGUAGCAGAUCCCACAGCAUAAUCACCAUCCAUGUCCGUGGCGUUGAUUUGGAGUCUGGCACUCUCUUGCGAGGGAAUCUACACUUGGUAGAUCUUGCCGGCAGUGAAAGGGUUGAUAGGUCUGAAGUAACUGGAGAGAGAUUAAGGGAGGCACAACACAUAAACAAGUCCCUCUCUGCACUUGGAGAUGUCAUAUUUGCCCUUGCACAGAAAAGUCAGCAUGUCCCAUAUCGGAACAGCAAACUUACUCAAGUUCUUCAGAGUUCUCUAGGUGGUCAAGCUAAGACCCUUAUGUUUGUGCAGUUGAAUCCCGAUCCCGAUUCAUAUUCCGAGACUUUGAGCACGUUGAAGUUUGCCGAGAGAGUUUCUGGAGUGGAGCUAGGUGCGGCAAAGAGCAAUAAGGAGGGAAGAGACAUUAGAGAACUUGUGGAUCAGGUUGCAUCGUUAAAAGAAACCAUCGCAAAGAAAGACGAAGUGAUUGAGAGAUUGCAGCAGCUCAAGAUUAACACCAACGACACAAAGUCUGUCCGUUUUGUUUCCUCUCCAAGAAGAUACUCAGUUGUAGGGAAUCUGCGGCUUAGUCCCAAGUCACCGGGAAGGAAAACCUCGCAACUGUCUGAUAGGGAAAUCGACAUAUACUCCGAGUAUGGUGAAAAUCCUUAUGAUGCUCGGUCACUGCCGCCGUCAAUUGAUGAGUUAAAACGUGGACGUAGGGGGAUUUCGGCACCACAUUCCAGGCCAAAGAAAGAUUUACCAGCCAAGUUUACUGAAGCAAAGGCGGGCCAGAAUUCCAAGGAUGAUGUCGAGCUCUUCAAUUUUGGAGGAAGCGGAGAUUCUGAUGAGAGAAUAAGUGAUAUAUCAGACAAUGGGCUCUCUAUGGGAACUGACUCUGAUGGUUCUUCUGGUAAUGCAGUGGAAAAUACUCUUUUCCCUGCUGGCUCAACUGAAGCAACAAGCCCUUCCAGGGUGACGAAUUCAGUAGAAGCCACCACCAGACUAUCUGGUAAUGCAACUCAAGCUGGGAGAUUCACUGGUACAGGCGCGAUACAACCCAUGAAUAAUAAUACAGAAAGGCGUGUUGUUACAUAUAAUCUCCCCAAACCAUCUCUCAAGGUGACACAAACGAGAUUAUCUCGUUUGUCAUUGCACAAGCCAGGAACCGCUACCUCAAAAUUUCAAUCAAUGACAUCGACUACCCCUAGGAAAACUACGACUACAAGAGGCAACUCCGCAUUAACAACCAGAUCGAUCAGGCAAACGGGGAUCAGGACUGAAAGAAGUUUCUAGUUUGUGAUCAUAACUCCUUCACACUUGCUUUAACUUUCUUCCUUGUAGGCUUAUUUUGUCUUCUUGGCUUCCAUUCACCUCAUGGAGAAGGGGUUUUUUGGGCUAUUUUGUAACUGGAUGAAAGGAUAGCAUACUAACGUUGUUUGUAGAAUGAAAAUUGUUGUAUGUACUAAGGAAAAAAAGAAGAGAAAAAAAGAGCAAGACCAUCAUCUUAUUAGUGGUCGUUAUUGAAGUGAUGUCUCCCUCACAUCACAAACUUUUGUAGUUGUAAAAUUGUUGUCUACACUUGAAAACAAAAUGAAGAUUGCAUAUGUUGGCUAAAGGAAGUGAUAGAAGAACAAAAGGAACGGUUUCUCACUGAGCUUAGCUAAGCUCUGUAUUUCACCAUGGCACUGGAGCUACCGGAAUAGGCAGCUGCCAGCUGAGCUAGUAAAUCCGGAUAUGGCAUCUCCACCCAUUUCCAGAGAGUAAAUGCAGUUUCCUCCCUACGUACUAUGGAUUUCCUGGAGUAGAAAGUGGUUGUAGAGAGUAAAUACAAUCCUCGUCCUCCAUUUCUAAACUCUCGGAGAAAUGAUGUUGUCUUCGAUCGUGGUGGAAAAAAAGGGAACAAGGAAGAAGAGGUGAGUGAAGGAUAAAUUAAUAGCUGAGGGUAGCUAUUUCGAAUCCAUACUAGGUGAGGUUUUGAAAUCUCUCGUUAUUUGUUCUCUUUCUAAACGAGUUAUUAUGUCAAAAUUUGACAAAUAGAGGUAUUGUACAAAAGUCCUCAAUGCAAUCUCGCACCAACCCCAUGAAAAAACGUUUUUUUUGUGUAUGAAUAUUUUGGAAUCGGAUCAAAGGAUGGCAUCCUAAUGAUCCUUGUGGAAUGAGAAAUGUAUAACAAAGGAAAAGGAACAGAAGAAAAAAAAAAGUUGUCACAAUAAAUAAAAAACACAAUUUGUCAAAGGCUGAAAUUUAGAGCAGAGGAUGCUUAAUUGCUGAUACAAGAUGCAUGGCUUCGACCAUCAAACAACACAGGUUCCAAACCGAUCAUCAUAGUAGAUUGUGCACAAAAGGCCACAAGAGCUGAGCUAUAUAUGCCUACGUACAGACUGCAGUAUCAAAACAUGUCUACUAUCAUGGAAAUAUGAGAUAUAUAGAUUUUUGUGAGAGGAUACAAUUUGUAUUAUAUGACUCGUUAAAGAGUACGUAGCCAUGCAAACAAACCGCAUGCAUGUCAGAGAGACAACCAUUUAUUCUACAAGAUUACAUCUCCUUUUAUUUUAGUAUGCCUAAAGAGAUAAUAUAUUGUAACCUCCCUGCGAGCUCUUACUGAGACUGAUGUGUAUCUGCAGGGAUGCUGGGAUAUAGCAGUCAGCGAAGCCCCAGGUCAUUAUUCCUUUCGGCAGGGGCUGGUGUUUUUUCAAGGGCACAUUGCGCUUCCCCGGGGGUCUUCCUUAGUGACGAUCGUGUUGCAGGAGUUCCAUGACUCUCUGUUCGGAGGGCAUUCUGGGGUCGAGCGGACAUUGCGGCGGAUUCGGGCGCAGUUUUACGGCCCACAAAUGGGUUAGGACUAUGUAGCUUCGUGUGACACCUGUCAGAGGGUCAAGGCGUCUCAUCUGCAACUGGCGGGUCUUCUGCAACCGUUACCGGUGUCCGAGCGGAUGUGGGAGGACAUCAAUAUGGAUUUCAUUGUCGGGCUUCCGCGCUCCAGAGGGAAGACUUUCCCCUUCGUUGUCGUUGAUCGACUGACGAAAUACGCCCAUUUCAUGGCUCUAGCGCAUCCGUAUACCGCCCGGUCAGUGGCUGAGCAGUUUGUGAUUGGGGUAGUACGACACCACGGGUUCCCGAGGUCCAUUGUCAGCGACAGGGACUCCGUUUUCUUGAGUCGCUUCUGGCAGGAGCAAUGCAGUCAAAAGCGUGAUUCUACCUAGAAGCGACGGGUGACCUAGAAGCGUAAAAUCGUAAGCUUUUAAGUUUUAAAGCG